CUGGACUACCCUCGCGCUUCCAUGUCCUUACCUCUGUCCGUUCAUUUAGCUAGGUCAUGGACCAAAGUCAAGAGCCAUCUACGAAUGAGCGGCCGCUUCUGGACGGCCACCUCGAGCAAGAACAGCCCAAGAGAAGACGUUUGAAUCGACCAUUUAGCGCCUGCAAUACGUGUCGAAAAUUGAAGACCAGGUGCGAGAUCGCUUCCAGGGAUACCUGCAGAAGAUGCGCAGCACUACGUCUCAAAUGCGACCUACCAACACUGGAGCAGGAAGCGGAGUCAUCAGAGUCGUCCCUGCCUUUUGGCGUUGAGGCCCGCCUCGCGCGUAACGAGGAGAGCGUCGAAAUCCUCACAAAGCUAUUGACCACGCUGAGUGCACCGCCGAAGAAUGAUGAAGGCCGAAGAGCUUCAGCUCUUUCCGAGGUCUCUGGUGCAGACUGGACAUCGACUUCUGUCCGCGCGAGUUCAUCAAUCUCCAACAACGUCUCUUCGGACCCAAACGGCGAAUUCGGAGAUGAAGUCCUCGCAAUAGGAAACGUGGUAUCAACAGGCAUUCUGGGUGCCUCCCUGGCCAACUAUCUGAUCAGAGUUUUUCUUCAACGCCUUGGGAAGUGGAUAGCUGUCUAUUCCGAGAACGACCUUCCAGAUGACCUUGAAGAGACUCACCCUCUUCUUUUCAGCGCGGCAUGCCUGCUGGCAUCACCACAUGUGCCAAACGUGAGCAAGGAUACGAUUCAAAGAAGAGACAAUUUAGUCAGGCGCUUGACCGCAAGCACGAUUCUGAAAACUCCUGUUCUGAGCCACGAGUCGAUCCAGGCGUUACUGCUGCUCAGCAUGUCCAGCCCGACAAUCCAGACCACCAUGCCUAUGGAUAGCUGGAUGUUGAGCGGGACGAGCGUCAAUCACGCCGUCUUAUCCUUUAACCUAGCAAACCCGGCUUCAGAAGACGAUGACGAUGCACGAUUGCGAAACCUUCGCAUCUGGAAUGCUUUGUGUCUGACGAAUGUCCAGUUCUCUGUCGGUAAUGCUCGACCGAGCGUGGUCUCUCAGCGUUUCGUAGACUAUUGCUCGCAGAUAUUGGAUUUUCAGACAUCAACCAUGGCCGAUGCAGCAUUGUUUGCUGAAGUAUUGCUCUACAGCAGGACUGAGAAGAUGCUUAACGACGUCCCCAUGGUCACUGAGACCCACGUGGUCCCUGUGUACAGAGAGCUCGAAGAUUGGCAUGCAUCCUGGAAACAUGUCCUCGGAAGUUUCCCUCCCACAUAUUCCAAACCAGAUUUCAGUUACGACUUCUGCUAUCUCCUCCUAUAUCGGACGGCGUUAAAAGCCAACUCCGACUCAACUCCUGUUCAAGAAGCUAUCACUCAGACGACCAGCAAAAUCCUGGAACGGUUCCUCAAUUUGGACUUCUCGGCUGCUUUAGAAAUGCCGGACUUUUUCUUCUUCAUCGUCAUAUACGCAGCUCUCAACUUGUGCAAGUUCGCCGUCGGCCACCAUUUGAUCGCCGUCACUCAACAAUAUCUCACGGACAUUGCGCCCAAUGACGAACAUAUUGCCUACAGAUUCGGCGCCAUUAUUGGUGAAUUGCGACGGGCAGCAGCUGAAGCAGGAGUAUCGCUUUCUGACAAUAUUGAGGCAGAGAAAGCAUUCAUAGCAGCACAACUUAUUGCCACAGAGGACGGGUACACGUGGCAGAUGCUCACGACAGGGAACUUGGCUAAUCUGGAUUUCUGCCUUGAUGAUAUAACUUUCCCUACAGAGGACUUAUUGGUUCAUGAGCCAUGAUUUUGGUCCAAAUUUUCGACAGACAAGCAGUGAUCUUUUCCCAUUCCGACACCCGCGCCUAGCGCUAUGCCACACCGGAAGAAUGCACGCCGACCUCGAACAUCUCUGCUGGCCCAUGGCUGCUCAUACAGCAGCUGGUGUCACUAUAUAUUGGUUGCCUUGAACCGCAAACGGACCCAUUCCUGGCACGAGAUAGGCUCAUAUUUCGCUGGAUGGUCCUCAUCGACGCAACUUGGAAGCACUCCGCACGUCUCAUUGAAGUUGAAACGUAGGGUAUACAAUUAGCAUCGGCUU